UUGCCGUAUUCGUCUAGUUAUGUGGCAUGCACGUAUUUACGCAUACGUUACUUCGGCCUAAUUGGCGACAUGGAUAUACUGGUGUGUUGUUACUUUGCCUAAAUCUCACAACACGAUUGGUUUCUGUUAACUAGUUAAGGUUACGUUCAAGAUUUCAAUCUAGAAAGGAAAGUGUGAUCACUCUGAGAAACAUUCGGUUAAUUGGGAGAAAUCGUCUGUUAACUGGACCCUUGUUCACCGACUGUCGUAAGCAGAAUGGCAGCCUGUUGAACUGGAUAUGCGGGAAUCAUAUGUACAUGGAUAUGCAGUAACAUCAUGGUGAGUCUCUUCAACAAUCAUAUGUACAUGGAUAUGCAGUAACAUCAUGAUCAUCACUGACUGACUGGGGUGUGUGGCAUGUCCUCUCUGAUCGUACACUGUCAUCAGCCAUGAAAUACAGUGGAGGCGUGUUCCUUGCAUGUCUGUUGAAUGUAGCAAUGGCACUUCAGUUCACCAGGGAGCCGAGUGACGCCGUGGUCAGACCUAACGCCUCCGUCUGGUUUGAGUGCACGGCAACAGAUGAUACAACGACUCUGUCCUACAGUUGGCGCUUUAAAGACGCUGACCUUGUCCGUGACCAGAAUACCGUGAUCUAUGCUAACGGCAGUCUUCUGGUGAAAAAUGUUCAGGCACAAAGCACCGGAACCUAUAGCUGCAUCGCCCUCAAUGGGAGACAGAGCAUUUACUCGAGACCUGCAAGCCUGAGACUAGCAAGCUUGCCGUCGUUUGCAAUUGACCCUGCCAGCCAUACAGCAAGAGUAGGUGCAUCAACCUCGCUCGAGUGCGCCGUGGAAAGUGUACCCCUCCCUGUCAUCUGGUGGGUAAAGGAUGGCAUGCUACUCAGGUCAGGUGACGUUACACAGACGGAUUACAGGAGCAGACUGACCAUCCCCUCUGUCACAUACAGAGACCAGGGAUACUACAGCUGCGUGGCAACAAACACAGUCCUCCUCCAGUCCACCAACAGUAGCCAAGCAUUACUCACAGUCCAGGGUAGACCCGCCCUUGUUCUUCCACCCGGAAAUGUGACUGUUCCUGAGACGUACACGGCAGUGUUCGAUUGUGUAGUCAUAGGUAACCCUCGACCCGAUGUCACUUGGCUCAAGGUAGAUACGAAAGGACUCCAAAGUCAACUGAUGUUCCAAGGUAGAAUAUCUAAAUACCCAAAUGGAACGCUGGUACUACGUGGCGCUGUGAAGGAAGACGCGGGAAGUUACACAUGCCUCGCCAGGAACAACAUCGGGGAGGAUAGCGCUACUGCCAGUCUAACCGUAGAAGGGCCUGCACGUUUACCAGUGAUAGCUCUUACUCCGAAUACUAGCACCCUGACGACGGAGUUAGGGUCUGCUGUUUCAGUGCGAUGUGCGGCAGAGGGGAACCCAACCCCCCGUGUCAGCUGGAGGAAGGCUAACGGCUCGCUCCCUUCCAACGUGCUGGUGACAGGAGGGUUGCUGACCCUGGCUCGUGUCGAGAGGGAGAACGACGGGGUGUACGUUUGUAUGGCAGUCAACGGUCUCGGGCAAACACAGAAAACACUCCGACUCUCCGUACAGUAUGGGCCUGUGAUGGAUGAACGUCCCGUGAGCCAAGAGGUUGAGACGGGGUCAGCUGUAGUGAUGACUUGUGGAGUUACUGCAAAUCCACCUCCAGUCUACACCUGGCAAACACCUGCUGGUAACGUGAGUGUCACCAGUGGCAAUGUUGAUGGAAUGAUAGUUACCGCUGGGGGCAGUCUACAAAUUGCAAACGCUGGGCCCUCCCAUCAUGGUACUUACACUUGUCUGGCGGCCAACAGGAUCAACAUAAUCACAGCAUCAGCUGUUCUCAAUGUGAAAGGACCCCCGAGGUUUACGUCUACUCCAGCUGGUCAGAUGGUCAGUGCUGGGGAGACGGUCGAAUUCACGUGCCAGGCGUCUGGCUACCCAGCUCCAAGUAUAUUGUGGACCAAAGAUGAGAACCUGUUACGCACCAAUGACAAAUAUCAGGUUACCACAAGUGGAACCUUGAUCGUGCGACGAGCUGGGAAGGAUGACGCGGGCAUCUACAGAUGUUUCGCCAGGAAUACAGCAGGGCAGAUAGAUGCUCCAGCAACUCUAAAUAUCAUAAGAUUCCCUUAUUUCAAGCUACCAUCGUCCAGUCCAGUGACGGUAGGCUUAGGUGGGGAUGUUAAACUGGAUUGCCAAGCCAUGGGCGACCCAGUCCCCAUACAGAAGUGGGAACGAAAUGGCAGCGCUAUGAUUAUAGAUGACAACAUGCACCUGUUCACCAACCACACACUGUUGAUAGAUGACAUACGUAGCCAUCAGUUUGGAGAGUACACCUGUGUGGCAGUAAACUUGGGCGGAGUCAACUCAACUACUGUCACAAUUUUCCCCGGGGACUUCCCCUUCCUCAUUACAAGACCCCGAAACACCACCGCUGUUCUGGGGACCAAUGUAACGCUGCAGUGUAGGGGACAAUCUCGAGGCCCCUUCUCUAUACGAUGGGUGAAAUCCAGUCUAGGUGGCGGCGAUGGAACCCACAUCGGAACCAGCACGGAGCAGUCUGUCGGAGUUGGAGUGAAGCUGAAUGGAGACCUUCAGUUUAUUAGUAUCCGAAAGUCUGACGAAGGUUGGUACACGUGCUCCGCCGUCAACACUGAGGGUAACGUGACAGCCGACCCCGUCAAUGUACACGUAUACACUCCGCCGUCUAUACUGUCCACCAACAGUCCAGUGUCCGUCCUCGCCAACACUCAAGCCCAACUCAGCUGUAAUGUAUCUGGGGACCCAGCCCCUACCUUGAGGUGGAAGUCCCCUGCCGGCAUUCAGGUGACCCCCGUCACUGCACAGUACAUACCUACUGGCUGGCAGCUCACCAUUACGUCCGUGGAUUCAGAGGCGGACGGUGGAUGGUGGACGUGUGAGGCGUGCAAUGUGGUUGCGUGUGCGAUUGGCGGAGUACAGCUUCUUAUAGAAGGAGAACCGGUGAUACGCACUGACCAGUCUCUGCGGAAUGCCACAACCGUAGCAUUAGUCUGCAGGGCGUAUGGACUACCCGAGCCCACCUUAAGGUACUCCCGAGGGUCUACAGCUAUAGGCGAGUUGACUCCGGGGCACAGGGUGGAGGGGGCUUGGCUCUACAUAUCGGUCGCCUCUCUGGGAGACACAUACACGUGUACAGCCGAAAACAGCCAUGGAUCAAGCACCAAAAUAUUCACGAAGCCCGACGCUGGACCUUCCGUCACGGCAACCAAUGUCACAUCAAGGGAGAUAACUGUCACGUGGGAACCUGUAAAGGUAUCCGGCAAUUUGUUUGUGACCGCAACCCACAUGAAAUACCAUACGCCGAGUGCGACUUCAGCGAUUGUUUCCGAAGUCUCCAGGCUGCCGCCCCAUAGAGUGACUGGGCUUCUGCCUUACACGACCUAUGAGCUUGCUGUGUCUGUAACCAACGUGUUGGGAACAGGCUUGUACGGUCCUUCUCUCAGCAUCACAACCGCAGCAGAAGCCCCUACUUCUCCUGUUGCCGUGGCAGCUCGUGUGUUGAAUUCAACGGUCACUGUCACGUGGUCCCAUUCACUGCAUCUGUACGGAAACAUUGAUGACGUGGUGUACCGAGUCUCCCUUUGGGGAAGGGGGCCCAGUGGAGAGUAUGACACACCUGUCAGGCAACAGACCCGCUCUGCCAACAGCACACUGGAAGCCAGCAUUGAUGCCGAGUACGGAUCUUACCAGGUGGAAGUAACAGCAAUCAACACCGCCAUCAACAUGAGCAGUGUGCCGACACGUGUCAUGGUGAAUGUCAGCAAACCAGCGCCCGUCUUUGUGCCAGAGAUCACAGUGUUCCCCAUAGACGACCAGUCAGUGUCUGUCACAUGGAACACAUCGAACACCAACGGUCAGGACGACAUACGAGGCUACGUGAUAUUCUAUAGAAAACUGGACCGAGACGACAGGGAAUUUUCCUCCGUGACAGUUGACGAUGCUGCAAAACAUUCGGCCGUCAUCUCCAAUCUUGAGGAACAAACUACAUACGAGGUCAAAGUAGCAGCCGUAAACUUGGGAGGACAGGGUGCGAUGUCUCGUGCAGAGUCAACCAAGACCAAACUGAAGCUGUUCAGUCUAGCAGCAUACAGUGGGGUGGACCUGGGCACUAGCGGAUGGGCGCUCGCAGUGCUAGCUGGCUGCAUCUCGCUCCUGCUGUUGCUUCUGGUUAUCCUGUGUAUAUGUUUACAACAUCGUCGACUCAAGAAGAUGGACAGCGUGUCUUUCCUCAAACCCUCACACCGACUAGACAGGUUCUACCUGGAAAACCCCAAGGGUCUGUACAGAGACAAGCCCAGACGCCGGGGACUCAGGAUGGAGGGCAGGGGAUUAUACACUUUUACUAAUAAUGGCUAUUUGUGGGACUUUGGUGACGGGAUCUCAGCAGACAGCGAUGUAGAAUUAGUUAAAACAACGUGGCUACCGGACGCCGGCAGAUAUAACCCAACAUUUCAAGUUGAUAACUCACAACUACUCGAGGCCUAUCACGACGACCAACGUGCUAUCAGCCAUGUGAAACCUCCACCGCUUGGAGAGAUCGAGAUUCUCCCGGACAUUAGAAUCAACACUUCCGCUUCCAAUACAGACGCUGGUGCAGCCUAUGACAUGUCCACCGGUGCCGACAAUUCAAAUGUUCUGGACAAUUUCAUCCUCCAACCAACGCAAGCAGUUUUCCACUUUGAGGGGACGUCCGGGGAAGCAAUUCAUGGCCAAGGGAGUUGGGACAGACAUUCCGCCAACUGUGUGGCGCUGGAUACCAACUAUUUUGAAAAGUCGGACAAAUCAUCAUUUCGCACAGAUGACCCCAAUUCUGCCGUCCAGCAGUUGACUACCAAGCCAACGGUGGUCACUCCAGCACUGCAGUACGUUAUGUUAGGGGAAGAGAAUGUUCCUAAGGACCUGUCGGACCUUCCAGUCGAGACUUUUAUGGGAAAUACAAACAUUCCAUUGGUCGAGUUGGAGCCAACAGCUAGUUAUACGAGCGAUGACGUGGGCGUGACAGGAACACAAAGAGGGCACGUGUCACCAGAACCCUCCGACACAGUAACUACAACUCAUGGAGACUCCAAGACAGAAGCCAGGAACACAACUCCUGAUCGUGUUGAAAAGCCAGCUGAACAUGAUACUGGUGAGGAUAACAGCGAUGACGUGUCUCCCCCUAUCAGAGGAUCUCCUGAAUCACCUGCGGUUGGUAAAGAAAUGACCCCAUUAUUUGCCGAUCUCGUCCCGUUACAAAGCAAUGUAGCCGAAGAUACCGCCGUGUCAUCUCUUGCACCGACCUAUGUAAGCUCUGCUCGUCUACAGCUACAAGUGAGUGGGCCAUCUGAUAGCACGUCACGGGGACAUGAAGACACAGAUAUUGAUGAAUUCAUUGAGAAUGCCCCAGAUCCGGAAUCUGAUGGGGCCAGCAUACAUUCUUCAGACUUAUUCACUGACAGCGAGGAUGAAACUCAAGCACCGCUGUUUAUGGAUGACCAGGACAGGAAAACAGCUGUGUUGUAUUAAUGUAUACAAUGGCAGACCAUGUAUUGCUGCAGCGAUCUAUAGUUGUAUACAAUAGCAGACCAUGUAUUGCUGCAGCGAUGUAUGCUUGUAUACAA